ACGGCCUACUGGCGAUAAGCUUGUGGGCUAUUGCGGCCGAGAGAUAAACUUUACAAAGCGCGUUUGUUUUACAAAGUACACUUUUCAGUUUCUAAUUUCCAAUCAUCAAAUAAAAAAUGGUUUUCGUUGUGCUAUGCCUAACACUGACAAUGCUGCUGUGCGCUCAUCUGUUAUGGAAAUGCAGCUAUUGGCAACGGCAUGGGGUGCGUGGGCCGCGCGGUUUACCAAUUUUGGGAAAUAUGUGGAAAUUUUUCCUCGGUCGCAGGCAUUACGGUGAUGUUUAUAAAAAUAUUUAUGAUGCACAUCCACACCUGCCUUACAUUGGCAUAUAUCGGCUUUUUAAUGAGCCGGCGGUAUUAGUUCGCAGCCAAGAGAUGAUUAAAGAAGUGAUGAUACGCUCCUUUCAGCAUUUUCAAGACAAUGUCCUGUGGGUAGAUGAGAAACGUGAUCCAAUCGUGUGCUAUAAUCCAUUCAUUGCCAAAGGCGUGCAGUGGAAACAAAUGCGUGCGGAAAUUUUGCCUAUUUUUACACCAAAUAAGGUCAAAGCGUCGUUUCACCACAUCAAAUCAAUCUGUGAAAAACUAGACGCAUAUGUAUCGCUACACAUACUCAACUCAAGUAAUUGCUUUGAAGGAAAGGAUCUUUUCUCCAAGUACACACUGGAUGUGGUUGCUUCGGCCGCCUAUGGCCUUGACGGUGCUGCACUCACCAAUACCAAUUCGGACUUUACGCAACUUGUUGAGAAUCUCUUUUUGCCACAUGCCUGGAGUUUGCUUGAAACCAUUGCGCUGCUCUUCUCCCCGCAACUCGGCAACCUCAUAAAAUACCAUUACGUGCCAACCGGCGUUCAAGACUGGCUGCAAGGGAUAAUUGGAAAAGUGUUGGAAAUUCAGAAACGGUUUAAAGAUCCGCAUUCUACGAACCAAAAUACCGAUGCGGAUUUGUAUGAACAACCUUUGCAAUUUCAACCUGAACGAUUUUUGCACCAAAAUGAAAAAACGCAUGGCUGUAUGUUUUUGGGAUUUGGUGAAGGUCCGCGUAUGUGUCCAGGAAUGCGCUUUGGCUUGGCUCAAAGCAAGGCCGGCAUCGUUACUUUGCUAUCAAAAUAUUCUGUCCACUUGUGUGAGAAUAACAAACCAUUCAAAAUGUCUGCAAAAACUUUUCUAACAGCCACCGAUGAUGGGAUAUGGAUUUCGUUUAAGGAAAGAAAGUAAAGUUUUUGCAGUGUUUUAUAUUUGUUAGAAAAAUAUAAGAAUUUUGUGUUUAUACCUAAUGCCCAGGAAUAUUUUCUGGCCGAAUUUCCACAAGGUAUUUAAAUGGUAAAAAUGUACGCCAUUCAAAAAAUAUCAUGCGAAAGUAUGUAUAAUGACUUUUUUAUGAACGUAAUAAUGACACUGGUAUUUUGUAAUGCCCAACAUUGUCAUUUAUUACUUAAUG